AUGACGGCGCAAGGCAGAACUUCCGCGCGCGUGACUUCCGCCGCCUCCUCGUCCGCGCUCCGCCAAUCUACCGCUCAAAGCCUAACAUCCGCGGGCGCAGUGGUCGCGCAGGCUUCCGCACCUCCCCCUUCCCCUCCCGACGACCGGCCAGGCGACGGGGAUGGGGGGAGUACUCCGCCCGCGGUGAACGAAGCGCGGCUGACACCCGCCAAUGAGAUCAUUGGCGUGUGCCGAUCCGGAGCCACCUCCACCAUCACCAUCGCCCCUGACUGGAACGGACAGACGUGGCGAGGCUGGGGCACUUCGCUGGCAUGGUUCGCCAACUAUGUGGGCAAGCUGCCAGACGAGCAGUUUGAUCUCAUCAUGGAUUUACUCUUCGACAAGGACAAGGGCAUCGGGCUCAACCUCGCCCGCUACCUCAUAGGCGGCAGUGUCAACUACACCAACAGCCCCCAGUUCCUCACUGCUGCCUGGGAAACCCGCUCUAUCCCCGGCUUCCGCGUCCAGCCAAACGGGCCGUACGACUGGACGACAGACGGGCGGCAUAUGCGGACAAUGCUCGCCGCCCUGGCGCGGAAUGUGGACGAGGUUGAGGCGGUGUCGUACUCGCCGCCCUGGUGGAUGACCCUCCUUACGGCCACCCUCCGGAAACGCAAGCUCCUCACGAAAGUCGCGGGGUUUGACAGCUUUGUCGGCGCCAGACUCCGCUACACGUACAAGUUCCCUGCUGCGGUGAAGGCCGGGCUUUUUCGGCUGAACGUGCAUGGGUAUAUAAACCCGCCGUCCAGCACGGCGGAUACGCGGCAGUACAUGGAAGGGGUGAUGGUGAGCAUGCACCGCAUGGCGACCGGGCUGGGGAAGGAGGUGUGGGUUUCAGAGGUGGGGCCGAUGUGGGUGGGAGGGAAUGAUGUCGGUGUGAUGCUGUUCACGGCGCGGCAGAUAGUGCAGACCAUCAACAUCAUGGGGGCUUCGGCCUGGAUUUUCUGGCAGGCCGUGAGUGGGGUAGCUACUAACCCCGACGCGUUCCUCAAAUGGGGGCUAAUUGCGAUCAGGAUCUACCGCCUGAAUGACACGGAAGUUAAGCCAUUGGAUCUGGUAAUUUCCAAGAAGCUGUACAUGCUGCAACAGUUUGUGCGCGGGGCACCACGGGGAAGCCUUCCUCUGCGGAUCGACACAUCGGGCGGGUGUCAGCACUGCAUUGCAGCCUUCUUCCAUCCCGACCAGCACUUUGUGUCCAUCUUCAUUGUCAACCAGCGCAACGUCACCCACACGGCGACGUUUCAAUUUGAGGAUUUCGUGCCUUUUGACGCGGGGCAGGCGUGUGUGGUGGAGACCUAUCGCACGUCAGCCACGGAGAACAACACGCUGCUGGCCACCCAGAGCUACACCGACCUGCCGGCGUCCGUUCAAGUGGCUGCUCUGGGCAGCUCGAUGACUUCUGUGGUGCUGCGGAAUGUGGACCCCGCGUAG